GAAGGAUUGAACUGCAACAACAAAUAUGGAGGCGUCUCCUUUCAACUUAACGCCGGAGAGGUACUGGACGGAGGAGAAAGAGAGCGCGCUCAUAGCGUUUUUCUCCAUUCUGUUCCCCACAUGCACCCACCUACACCUCUGUUUUGGCGGGCUCCACCCGCAAUUCCGUUUUCACAACAGCAGAGCACAGUUGUCUGUGGAACCACAAGUCAGAGAGCUACAAGAACCGACGCCUGCGAUGGAAAACCCUGGAACACCUGAGGAUCCUUCUGUCAGCUCACCCCCCACCUGUUCGUUUCACAGUGGAAGACAUUAAGAACAAGUUCAAGAACCUUCGUACCACCUUUCAGCGUCAGUACAAAAUGGUAAAGGCAAGCAAGGUGUGCAGGAAGGACGAUGUGUUCGUGCCACAGUGGAAGCACUACCAGAAGCUGAUGUUCCUGCAGGGCUGCUGGGACCAGGAUGAUAGCCCUGACGACCCGCCACUCUCACUGCUGACUGUUCCACAGGAUGAGAGCCAGCCAGUCCUGACCUCCCCAGGACUGAUCAUCUCCUUCCUUCCCACACCAUCUACCUCCUCCUCGUCCUCCUGUGUCCCCUCCAACAUGAUGGUUAAAUGUUACUGGACUGAAAAGAGGGAGCGUGCACUAAUAGCGUUCUACUCUGAGCAUAACUGUCUCUGGAACAAGAAGUCUGAAAACCACAACAACCGUCAGCUCAGACUGAGGCUGCUGGAAGCUCUGAGGAGCCAGCUGUCCGACCACUCAGUGUUUUUCUCAGUUGAAGACUUAAAGUGCAAGUUUAAGAACCUGCGGACAGUUUUCAACCGUGAAUACAAGGCAGUCCAGGCUAGCAGGGCAUCUGACAAACUAUAUGUGUCCAAAUGGAAACACUACCAGCAGCUGCUGUUCCUCUGCGAGUCCUGCGACGAAGACGACAGCCCAGACGACCUGCAGAUACUGAUGUCACAGGAAAACAAGGAUCUUGAACAUGGAAACCUAACACCCUCUUUCACCCUGAGCAGCUUCUCCUCCAGCUCCACCCAAACCAACAGCAUCAAGUUCAACAACCCUUCCGGUCCCUCUAGUGAUGCCAAAAUCAACACCAGCACUGCAUACCAAAUCUUCCUCUCUACGUCUCCUGAUAAUCUCAAACUAGCAAGCCAAACAACUGCUCCCACACUCCCUGCCUCUUCUUCCACUUCACUACUGGACACCAAACCUUGUACAAACCCCUCCCCUGUAAAUUUCUCCACAUCCGGUUCAGUUCAGCAAGACAGCAGAGUGAGCACCAACUCCCACUGCCACUGGAAUGAGACCAAAGUUCAGCAGCUCAUAUCAUUUUACUGUGAGCACAGCUGUCUGUGGAACCACAAGUCAGAGAGCUACAGAAACAGGCUGUUGAGACGGAGCCUGUUGGAGACGCUGAGCAGCCUCCUUUCUGACAAUGAGCCAGUCCCAUUCACAGUGGAAGACAUAAAAACAAAGUUCAGGAACCUGCGAACCAUCUUCCAACGUGAACACAAGGCGGUGAGCUCUAACAAAACGUGUGGUUCGGAGGACUUUUAUCUUCCAAAGUGGAAACACUACCACGAGCUGAUGUUCCUCUGUGACUCCUGUGACGAAGACGAGCAACCUCAAGACCUCCACUUCCACAAACCGCAGGAGUCCAGCCUUCUACAUUACCACGGUGCCAGCCAAACUGCUACCAAACUGACAUCAAGGAGCCUUGAAGCCCCUCCCUCGCCUACUCCCCCAGACUCCCGGCACUCUUCCCCUUCCUCCUCCCCUUCCACAUCCUCCUCUCACACAGACAGCAGAGUGUCAGGACGCAAGCGAGUGAGCUGUCGCUCGCCACCCACUAACAGUGAGGUGCUGGACUUCAUGAGAACGUUCUGUCAAAGCCAGACAGUGUCACCACAUGCAGGGUUCCUGAAGUACGUGGAGGAGUGUCUGAACGAGACGCCGCCAGGCAAAGUGAAGAAACUGAAAAAGAAGAUAAUUCACACGAUCCACAGCGUCUUGGAAGAGGUUUAGUUUUUCAGUUUGUGGAGCUUAAGUCAGUCUCACUGGAGUUUUUUUUUAUUUAUCUUAUUCCCAUUGCUUCCUAACAGGUAUGAUAACAUUACUCACCAGCUGUUAUCUCAUUCCAAAUUGGACCUUGUUAGAAACAUGUAUUAGGUUCUAACAGGGUAUGUCUAUAGAAUCGCUGCAAUGCAGUGAAGAGAAUGGUAAAUGGACUGUACUUGUAUUGCGCCUUUCUUGUAUAGGCGCUUUCUAGACUACUCAAAACGCUUCACACACUACAUAUCGCAUUCACACACUGAUGGCAGAACUAGCUCAUCAGUACAAAGAAGGCACAGCCUUCGGACACCACCCCUGGAUUAUGGCAUGUCCUUAUUAUCAGGCUGCCCGAAUAAAGCCCUCUACACACAUUCAGUGGCAGAAUUGCUUCGGCCAGCGAGAGCUGUAGUUUAUCUGUGGAGAGAGCAAAGACAGCAAACCUUUCAGCAGUGCUACCUUUGCUGUUGUGCAUAGCUUGGAUUUUACACCUCAUAGCUACACUCUAAGGUUCAUUAAGUUUCAGCUGUGACCUUGUCAGUCGGUGACAGUGUGUGUACUACUACUGAGAUGACAGCCGUCCUCUAUGUAACCUGAGACUGAUGGAUUAUGGGCUAAUCCUUUGUUUCACAGUUCCCUGAACUGUAAAACGCCACCUUAAAAUCACAACACAAUCUUUACAGGAAGACUACAGCAUGGCUGAAUGUCAGCAUAGAAAUGAUGGACAAACUAUGAAAUUAAGACAGGUUGAAACCAAACUAAGGUACUGUCCCUAUACCCACACUUGCGGUCUUGAGCACUUUCACACAGUGCCAGGUAGUAGGCAAGUGUGUCCCAUGUCUGAAAUACACUUAACCCACACUUGAUGCACACUUUUCCUAAUACCGCUUCAAAGCAGUAUUCCAAGCUCAGUGUAUCCCACAAUUCACCAUGGUCUACUGCGCCACACCAGUCCAGUUGUUGGCAGUAGUGCGUGUAUAGGCUAGGUUUAGGACUGACAACAAGCAACAGACACGAAGAAGUUUAAGUUAAUGACAUGAUGGAUUCAGCCUGAUUAUUAUCUAUGUACAAAGUCAUGGCAGAACAGUUGGUUUUCACAUAAUAUUAAUGUAAUAAUCUGUUCUUCUAGAUGAGAGUGGUAAGAAAUAAUAUUGCAUAUCUGUCACUUUCAAGAAAAAAUAUUAAAUAUCAUAUCCUUUUAUUUAACAUUUUAGAAAUAUGUUCCAUCCCUAAACAUUUUAUCAGACAGAAACCAUCAAAAUAUGUUAUGUCUCUUUUAUGUACAUUGUACAUGUUUAUUGGUUUGGGGUUUUUUUAACUGUCAUCUGAUUGUAACAGUAAUACAGUAUGCUUGAUCAUACUUAUUUGUUCCAACAAAUCAUCUGAGCUGGAUUGUGCCAUGUACAGUAAUUGUAUUUGCCGGAGUGACCGGAUGUCCUUAUUAAUGAAGCGUGUCCCAGUGAGCUCUGAUUAACUUCCACACACUUUGCGGUCUUUAAUGGUGCUCUGUGGAGUUUUCUUGUAAGAAAACAAAAGUUAUGUUUAUAUUCAUUGUUUCUCACCAAAACAUGUGUAUCCCCACAAAUGUGUUGAGCGCAUUUACUUCCUCAUAAAAGAUUUGUGAAGCCGAGUUUUUAGGUACUGUAAAUCUUUAAUUGUUUACAACUAUUUAACUUGCUAGCAGUCUUCUUCCCUGCAUUGCAGAAUAUCUUGGUGCAUUACCAGCACCUGUAGAUCAGUAGAAUAGUGUGAAAUCAUUGUAUCGCAUCGUGCAUGUCCGUCCUCGUGCGCAUGAACAAGAUAAACAAAGUAGGGACCAGUAGAAAAAAUAGCAUGCCAUAGCACUACUAGAGGUCAAAAAUGUUAACAGGCACUUGUGCACUGUGGCAAUUACUGGAAAUAUGUCAUGCAAGUAGGCACUUGACUACUCGCAAAUACAGCAAUUGUUGGAAUUGGGAUGGACCCUAAAGGUCUACAGUCACACUAGCAGCCCUGUGAGGCCGUGACAUCUAUUAUAAUACACGAGAAAACAACAUUUUUGGAGGAAAGAAAAAAAGGACUGUUCAUUUUCAGCCAUCUCGCUCAGUAUGAGUUGGCUCAACUUCAAUGUAAACUGUUCUUUGUCAACCAGGUUUGGCUGACAGACAUCUUUGUAUGGAUGCCACUGUCAUGGGUAAAACCACAACUGAAUUUUACUGAAAGGGGCAAUAUGUAAGAUUUAGCCAGAAUUUUUGUUUAAAACAUUCAAAAAAUGAACUAAUCUUAUCAACAGAAUGUGGAGAAGUUAUGACGUCAUGUCAAAGAUGCCUAUGUAUUGUGCUGCGGAGAUAUCGACUGAAAUGAGCAUGCUAACCUGCUAGCCCCGGCCCAGAGUUGCCAGGUCUGUGUGACAAAACCAUCCCAAUGGCCAAUCAAAACCAGCCCAAAGCCAGCCCCACGGCCAAUAAAACUAGCCCAAUGCCAGAACUCAAAACAUGCCCCUGCCAAACACUGCUUGUAAAGUCCAACAGUAUUGCUAUCAUUGCCAAAUAUAUUGUAAUAUCUACAAAGUAACAUCAUAAAUGUUUAGUGUGCCAGCAUUAAAAGCAGUUUUCCCAUAACAGUAAUUUGACCUAAUCAUUCUCAGAGUGAUUUAAAAGUCAUUGAUGAGUUCUUUUGUUCUUGGUUUCAAUCUUUAAUUCUUCACUCUAAUUGUUAGAACUUACCCCGGUAGUGGGGCAGGUUGUAACAAUAGAACUCCUUGUAUGUGAUAUCAGUGAAUGAAUUCUGUGAUAUAGUUGGAUAUGUAAGAAAUAUUGCAAUUUGUAGUAGACAAAUACUACUUUGUGUCAAAAUUUGAGAGCUCUAACACAAAACUUCAGUGAGUUAUAGGCGCUUAGACAAGAAGUGGAACAACCAUCCCCAGUCUCCCCUACUCACUCGCUUUGACAUCCCUUGCCCUCCUGGUCCUUGUCAUACAUGUGUAUAUUCAACAAGGCCAGCUUUGCAAAUUCAAGCAGGUAUGCUUUGAAACGUUGUUUGAAGUUCUCUGCCGCCGGUGAGUCCUCCGGCUCCAUCGGGAACUGAAUUCCAUAAUAACAACCACAGAGAGAGGCAGUUGGUUUCAUUGACCCCGUCAGAGUCUAUGAUCUCUGACCACCUUGAGUUGUCCGCGACCACGGUGCUGAUUUUUGUGACUCUUCGUUGCAGACUGAUAGAACGUCAUGAGUUCGUGGAAAAGCCUGCAUGGAUUUGUGUUUCCCAGCUGAAACAUCUUGUUCACUUAGUUUGCGUCUUGGAUGAUGCUGAAGGAACAGUAAGUAAAGUUUAUUGACUGGAUCUGUGUACAUCUGAAACAUCUCCGCGCUGUAGUUUCAGUGGAAGUGCAAUCUGACGUCUUCGUCCUGGUGGAGCACCCGAUUCAGGCACACGUUGACAGCUAUCCACCUUGUGUCUGAAAGUAGAAGGGUUUUUAGUGGAGCUUCUCCAGUGUUCAUCGUUUCAUAGAGUUGCUUGUAGUUUUGCUAGCGGAGACUACUGUGUGAAAACCACGCAUACGUUUGCAAAAUCUGGUAUUCUACAUUUCUCAGCAACACACGCAUUGCAUAUGAGGAGCACAGCUGAAUCGAGUGGCACGCACAUUUCACAAACACGACGUUGGGGUUGUGCUCUCGAAUUUUGUGAGAAGUGAAUGGUUCGUGCCGCACAUAGUAUUGCGUCCAUCGGUUGCGAGCCCGAUGCAUCGUUUUGGACACAGCUUGAACUCAGCAAUGCCUUUGUUAUUGAAUAGGCAUCUCCACCGUCUAAAUUAAUGAUACCAGCAAAAGUAGACACAAUGUGCUGUAGUGUUUGGCUGUAGUAUCGUAUUACAACAGCAGGCUGCUUCUGCAUGCCCACGUCGGUACUUUCAUCGAUAACUAAAGAAUACAGUUCUUCCUCUAUAUCCUUUAGAAGCUUGUGCUGCAUGUCUGGGCCUAUUACAUGUUGCAUGAGUGCAGAGCAUUUUGUCCUGUGCCUCAGUUUGAUGUCCUUCUGUGCAAUUUCACCAACAAGCUCUCCCAGGUGAUCUUGGAUCAAAAUGCAUGAAGGGCAAGCAAUGUGCGCUGCCAUUUUAAACUCAGCUAUCUUGACAGAGCGGUCAACUGUCAACUGACGCAAUGUACACACUCGACAGCUAGAGAAGGGAGCAGCAUUUCAAAUGUGUUUCUGCGUUUUGCCGUGGUUUUGGAGAUCGCUGUGGUGCGCACGAAUCUCGCAUUUGCAGAACCGACAAAAGCUUUGGUAUCAUCCCCAGCCUCACGCUCUAUCCAGUCUUUAAUCCCGCUUUCACUUUCCCAUCCUUUUGUACAUCUCUUACCAUAUUUUGCCCACGCACCAGCGUGGCUGAGAUCACAAUAGGCACGUCGUGUGUAUGUAUGUUUACGUCUCCCAUGUUCAUGUCCUUGUAUGUAUGUGCUGACCUGCAGUUUGGUAGAAUUUGGUAUCUGGUAUAAAUAAAUUAUUUCAUUUUAAAAUAUGGAUUUUUAUUUUAUAUAUAUUAUUCAUGUAAUUUGCAUAUAGGUCUACCCAACCAGCGGACAAAAAUUCAACCCGCGGCAACACCACAAAAGUAGCUUGUGGACCUAGCAACACUGCCUCGGCCCGCCUGUGUUGUAAUACCGCUUGUGCCUCGUGAGGCAAUAUUCCCAUAGUAUAGCUCAGGUAGUUCCAGCUGGGAGAUGUGUGCAGGCGGCGAGUUCACUGUGUUCACUAUGUAACUGCUCAUGUUAACUAGGAGACGUUGUUAGGUUAGACAUUUUUAUGUUUACAUCACUAAUUUAAUGUUUAGAUUUCACCAAGAAAUCUAAAUAUAAUGAGUGCUUUGUGCUUUUUAUAAGGAAUGUUUCUGUUCAGAGGCAUUUAACCACAACACAAGUCAGCUGUCACUGUUUAAAAAAGCCAUGGGACUGAGUUUGUUUUUCCAGCUAUCUUCUGUCCAACUCAGGAUAGGAAAUGAGUUGCCAAAUUUUCACCAGACAUCCAGUUUUGUGGUGAAUUUGAGACUGAAUUGUGAUGCUUACAGAACAAUGUGCUUGUCAAACUUUAAGAAUUCAGCCAUUAAACAAUGUUUUCACUUUUUUUCUGAAUUGCUAAAAUUCAGAAAUGAUGGUCAAACAAAUGUCUUUGACGUGUAAUAUACCUCUUUAAUUUAUUUUAGCUUUAGCACUUAUGGGGGAAGAUCUACGUUGUCACCAAAACAAUUUUGGAAAUGUUGAGUUAGAAGACCUGCACUGUCAGUGGGAACUGAUAACAGAUCAUGUAAAAUUGUAAUCAAACUUAACAUUUGAAUGUGCUUGUCUUCAUUAUUUAACAUAUGAUGUUAAUGGACAAUUCGAACAUUUAAGAACUGUAACUUCUUUGAAAUAAUGUUACAUUUAGCUUUUCUUUGAUCGUCAACUUGUUGAGGUUUUAUUACAAUUUGACAAGUAUCUCAUUGUCAACUGCUGCACAGAUGUAAAAGAUGUUUAAACUUUUUAAAAACAAAUCUAUGCAUGUAAAGACUUGAGUGGUAAACAUUUAGGUUUUGGUUAGCAAUAAUGGCUAUUUUUUAGCACCAGCUAUGGUUGACAGUGCUUUUUAAACAUGUUUUUUUUUUAACUGCAUUUGUAUAUGAAUUAUUUAUAUCCUUCUUUGUUCGGUGUUUGCACAUUUGUUUAAAUGGGACUCAGUGCCUUAUGAGAAUCACAGUAACUAUUUCCCGUAAAUGUGCAGGAAUUUGUCUUCUCAACUUUGGACUUCAUAUGUAUAUUAUCAAAUUAAAUACACAUGUAUAAAUGUAUAAGGACCAGCAAA